AUGGAUCCUCCAUCCAAGAAGCGUAGCAUCUUCGGGGGCAUCACAAGCCUCUUCCGCAGCUCGACUGCUCCCCCCGAGGAUCGCAAGGGCAAGUCCACGAACUCAAACUCGGUCACCGCGAACGCGCCUUCGCUGCCUCCUCCCCAACCCGAGUCAAACGGCGCGUCGUCGCCCUUCAGCCCCGCGAAACGCGCUUCCGAGGCUCAACUCUCAGUCCGCAAGAUCAUCCCCAAGCCGCAAGGCCCUUCCAGCAAGCUCUCGCAGAGCGUCUCCGCCUCUGAGAUUGCGCAUCGUCCCGCGCCUUCGACUCCCGCCCCAGCAGCAGCCACUCCAGUCCCUAAGCGGAGACCAGGCGACAAUCCUCACAAGCUCGCCGCCUCUACAUCUACUCCAGCUCUGCAGAACCUUCCUAAUCCUCCUGCACCGGCGACCAGCUCGAAAGCUACCAGCUUCUCGGGUGCUCCCUCUACACCGCGUCCUAGCAUCUUCCGCAACUCGCUGUACGCGCGUCCUGCGCCCGCCACAACCUAUACCCAACGCGUUUCCUCGCAUCCAUUGACCCAGAGCUUCCCGCCUGUCACUCCCGGCAGGCCAGGACGUGCCGCCAAUGUCGAUAUCAACAACCGCAUCCUGUCGAACACGGCUUCGACCGAGCUGUUCCCUAUGAAGAUCCCCGAGCCCCCUCGCCACCUAACCGGUGAGAUGUUGGCUAAGGAGGUUCCCGAGGACCCGAACCGUGCCGGCUCUAUUUACGCCGACGAGUACCUCGCGCACCUUUGCCCUCCUGAGUUCGAUGAUCUCCAGAGGCGGCAGUUCUUCUGCAUUCUUGACCUGCGGCGCCUGAAGUACGCUGCUGAUGAAGUGUUCCUGAAGAAGGACUGGAAGAUUAACAUCCUAAACUUUGCCAAGGAGUACGAGAAGAGCCGGAGCCUGAUUAUGCUUCGCUAUGGCCUAUACGAGUUCAAGACGGUUCGGGCGUCCGAGGCGGUCAAGAGGGAAUGGAAGCUGAAGCAUGGCAUCCCCGAUUCUGAUGACGAGUCUGGCGCCCCAGCCAAGACCAACGGUGGCGGUAAGAGGAAGGCUGAAGAAGACUUGGAACCGUCUAGCUCUACAUUCACACAUACUGCUAGCCCGAACAAACGCGCACGCGCUACCGAGGCCCCGGCCACGAAUAAGCGCAAGGCGAACGACGAGCUUGAGGAAGAGAGCCAGCCUUCCAAGCUCCAGAAGCCUGGCUCCCCGUCACCGGCGAAAACCCCCUCGGCUACUAAGUCGGUGUUCGAGAGCAUCGCCAACAAGACGGCUAGCCCGCAGACGGCUCCCAAGAGCUCCCUGUUCAGCUCUUCCACGGCCGCCAAGCCGAAUGGCUCCAUCUUCGACAAUGCCCAGAAGACCCCCGCCACUAGCUCCAACAUCUUUGGUCAUCUCUCUGAUGCCAGCAAGGAUGAAGAUAAUGAAAGCGACACUGGCUCCGAGGCUGAAGCCGAGGACGAAACCCCGGCGAAGAAGAAGAAGAAGACCACGGUCAAUGGAGCUUCGAGCAGUGCACCUUCCGAGGGCGGCGAGAGCACCCAAAGUCGCAGCAUCUUCGACCGCAUCACCAGGGACGCCAACGGCCAGCCGGUCAGGCAGCUUCCUGAAGGCGGUUUGUUCUCUGGGGAAUCCAGGAAGCGUUCUCUCAGCCCUGUCAAGGAGCUGCCUGCCAACAACACCUGGAAUGCCAGCGCCGGUAUCAAGUUCGCGACCCCGGGCACUUCCUCGAUCUUUGGCUCCUCCAACCCUAAGCCACCUGCUACCACCGACACGAUUGACUUCGCCGCUUCGACGACGAAGAAACCCGAGGAGGCUGCUGCCCCGGCUGAAGCGCCCAAGGAGGCUACUCCUACCACUAACCUUUUCGGCGCUCAGACUAAGGCCACUGAGGAGGCCCCCAAGCCUGCAGCGACUAACAUCUUCGGUUCUACCACCAACCCCACCGAGACCUCGAUUCCUGCUGGUUCUCUCUUCAGCGCGAAGCCGGCAACAAGCACGACAAAUUCGCUCUUCGGUGCCACCACUUCUGCGGCUGGGCAGAAAAAGGAUGAAGAGUCCAAGCCGACCGAGGCUGCUCCUGCUCCCGCUCCUGCCACAUCGACUCUGUUCGGUGCGAAGCCGGCCACCACUGAGUCUCCGAAGACGAACCUCUUCCAGUUCGGCACUCCAAACAAGACCGAGACGGCGCCUGCCACCCAGCCCCAGUUCGGCGGCCUCUUUGGCAAGCCUCCCUCAACUGAGACCCCGACCGAGAAGCCUGCCACUACUUCUCUGUUCGGUACGGAUGCCUCCAAGCCUGCUACUACUAGCAGCUUGUUCGGCUCUGCUACGACUGCAGCCGAUAAGCCCGCUGCUACCAACCUCUUUGGCUCUACGACGACUCCGGCUGACAAGCCUACUACUACUAAUCUGUUCGGUUCUACGUCCACCCAAGCUACUUCCGGCUCAGAUGAGCCGACGGCGAAGAAGUUCGCCUUUGGUGGUACCACUGAGAGCAAGCCUACUACUUCUCUCUUUGGUUCGACGACUCCUGCCCCUGCGACUUCGACCGAGAACAAGGGCGGUCUUUUCGGCGCCACUACCACCUCGGCUACUCCUGCCACUAACACCAAGCCUCUGUUUGGUAGCACGCCUGCUCCUGCUCAGGAGAACAAGCCGCUGUUCGGCAGCAGCACUACCACCGCCGCGCCCGUGUUCCAGUUUGGUAGCACGCCUGCCAGCACUUCCACGGAGCAGAAGCCUCUGUUUGGUGCUACUGCCGCAACCGAUUCGAAGCCCUUGUUUGGCAGCACUUCUGCUACUUCAACUGAGCAAAAGCCUCUCUUCGGUUCCAGCACUACUAUGACCGAGCAGAAGCCUCUCUUUGGUAGCAUCUCGACAACUGCCACCGAGCAGAAGCCGCUGUUUGGCAGCACUUCGACCACCGAGGCUAAGCCCCUCUUUGGUGCGGCGCCUGCUUCGACUGAGCAGAAGUCUCUGUUUGGCAUCACUCCAUCAACGACGGAGAACAACCCUGCCAGCAUCUUUGGUAACAGUUCCACCUCUACCGAGCAGAAGCCUCUUUUCGGUUCUGCUCCGGCUUCCACUGAACAGAAGCCGCUUUUCGGCAGCACUCCGUCAACCACAGAGAACAAGCCCGCCGGCCUCUUCGGCAACACCUCCACCACUUCGACCUCAACGCCGCUUUUCAACUUCGGGUCUCAGAACACCACGGCAAGCCAGCCUUCGACAACUGGCUCGAUCUUUGGCAGCGCCAGCGCCUCGUUCACCUUCACUGCCGGUGGCUCGGAUGGCACGAUUAAGAACCCAUUCGCCUCCGACGGCUCGUAUUCGGCUCCUACCUCUUUCAACUUCGGCAGCGGCGACAGCCAGUCCUCGUCGGCUCCAUUCACGUUUGGUGCCGGUGGUGGCACUCCUAGCUUCACUUUCGGUGCCAGCUCCGACAGCUCGAACGCCUCCAACAACGCCUCGUCAGCGCCGAUCUUCAGCUUCGGAGCCUCACAGCCUAGCAGCACGCCUCUCUUUGGCCAGAACAACCCUCCCGCCGCGUCGAAUAUUUUCGCUAGCAGCCUGGCUCCCGUCGGGGGAACCUCUACAGGUACUAGUAAGCACGUCCCUUCAUUUCUCGAAUCCGAAAACAAAGCAAGUGCUUAUUCUUCGUUAGAUUCCCCUUUCACCUUUGGCGGGGCUUCUAGUUUAGCAACAACCCCCGCAGCCUCUACGCCGGAGCCGUCUGCUGCCAAUGCGGCAGCAGCAGGAGAAGAUCAAGGAGCAAGCGCUGACGCCGAUGAGCAGCCACAGGAGCAAAUCUCGCUAACCGACGGCGGCCCGGGCGAGGAGGACGAGUCCGUCGUCCAUGAAGUGCGCGCCAAGGCUGUCAAACUGGUGACGGCCGCUGAUUCUUCUGCUGACUCUAGCAACGGUUCCGGCGAGAAACCUGCCGAGAAAAAGAGUAACUCGCCAUGGAAGGUGAUGGGUGUCGGUCCGCUGCGCCUGUUGAAGCACAAGCAAACCGGUGCCGUCCGUAUGCUGUUGCGUGCCGAGCCGCGUGGCAACAUCGCGCUCAACAAACUUGUGUUGCCGCAGUUUACAUACAAACCCGAUGCGGCGACCCCGAAGUUUAUCAAGUUUGCCGCUGCUAGGGACGAUGGGAAGGGCUUGGAGACGUGGAUGAUUCAGGUUAAGACCCCGCAGUUGGCGCAGGAACUCGCUGCCGCGCUGGAGGAGCAUAAGAAGGCGAACGAAAAGAAGGAUGGUGAGAAGAAUGAGGAGUCGGAGAAAAAGGACGAGAAACAAGAGGAAAAGAAAAAUGAGGAGAAGAAAGAUGAAAAAGAAGAAAAGAAGGAUGAGAAGAAAUGA